AUGGAAGACUUUCAUCGCUCAACCAUGGCACCAAUGGCUGGUGUUAAUGAUCGAUCCCGUAUUUCGGUGUCUCCCUUCGGAGACCCAAUCCCUGUCAGCACUGCAGAGUUUCGCGCAGUAACUCAUGAGCCAACAAUGCCUGACGACGACAUCAUCAUGUCGGAUCCGUCGGCGAUCUUUGACCCUUCACCCAUGAGGGAGACCAGCCAUACCUCCGAGAAUAUGCAGGUCGUCAUCGACCUUACUUGCGACGAUGAGACCAACCAGGCCAUUGAAGACUUGACCUCUGACAUGGCGCACGUUGCAGCUCCGUCCGCCAUUACCCCUGGCGACGACUCAGCAAGUGGUCAAUCUUCCGGCAACUCAUCUGUCAUUAGCAACCAGUCCGCGAGCCGCAGCCCAACGCCAGAGACGGUACAGCAAGAAAUACGCAUUGGAGGCAUUGCGUUCAAAGCCGGAAUAUCUCUGGAGCUUGAUGAUGGCUCUUUUAUGCGUGUCGAGGACAUGAUUCCUCAGCCUCACGACCUGCGCUUUUUCGGCCGUCGCCUUUACCGUACCACUCACCCCGAAGCCAAGACAUAUCUGCCUAAACUGAACGAUGAAUUGGUCUGGCUCACUCAGAACACCGAUCACGUCAGCAUCAGAAAAGUUCGGCGGGUUGUGACCAUUCGCUUCACCAACUUUCGGACCGAUUUUAACACACCGGGAGAAGAUCUGACUUGCCGGCUGAAGCUUACCAUUCGCCAGGCCGGAGUCGUUAUCGUGCCUGGCCAUGCACCUUUGAGCGCAGAGCAGUGUGCCAUUGAAUGGCUGACCUUGGCUGAAUCAGACCCAGGAUAUGGUAAGCCGGCGAACGUGCUACGCUACGAAUGGAGAGGCCGGACUGCGCCAUUUGGCGAGGCUAGCUCGUCGUCCUUGGCCAUGGAUCUUGAACGACGGGGUGUGAUCGAUUUGACUGCCCCUGAACGUGCAUACACCUUUGGUGACGCGUACUGUGGCGCUGGUGGUGUGUCUUGCGGCGCUAAACAGGCCGGCGUGAAGCUCCAAUGGGCCGUUGAUAUUGACCAGUAUGCACUGGAAACAUACCAGUUGAAUUUCGACGACGUAGAUGUCGAACAUUCCGAUUUUUUCAGUUUCCUUACCAACCGUCCGGAAUUCUUGCGAGUCGAUAUUGCACACUGCUCGCCCCCCUGCCAGACUUGGUCUCCUGCUCAUACUGUGCCCUGUCCUCGCGAUGAUGCCAACUCCGCGUGCGUAUUUUCGGCUGGAAGUUUGAUUCAGGAGUCACGGCCCCGUGUGUUAACCAUGGAGGAAACUAUGGGAUUGCCGCAACGAUUUCCCAUCAUCUUUAAUCGGGUUGUACUGGACAUGGUUGAAUUUGGAUAUUCUGUUCGCUGGUCGGUGCUGGGGUGCGAUGAAUAUGGUGUGCCUCAAGAGCGGAAGAGACUGCUUCUCAUUGCCGCUGGCCCCGGUGAAGCUCUGCCCCAUUAUGCCCAGCCCACUCAUGGCAUGCCUGGUCACGGUUUACUUCCCCGUGCGACCAUUUCAUCCACCAUUGACAAUAUUCCUCCUGAUGCCGACGACCACAAUGUUGAAGGGGCCUUGGCGCGGUGGGCUCUGAGCUACCGGCCCUCUUUUGAUCGCAACUCUCUGGCCAGGACCAUCACUUGCGGGGGCGGCGAAUACAACUACCACCCUUCGGGCACUCGGCCUUAUACGAAUCGUGAGAUGGCGCUCUUGCAGACGUUCCCUCUAGACUUCCAGUUUACUGGGAGAUUCAUGCGUAAGCAGAUUGGGAAUGCCGUGCCCCCGCUCUUCGCUAAAGCCAUCUACGGAGAGAUUGUCAAGUCUCUGCGUCAAACUGAUACGGAGGAGGCCAGGGGAAUCAUUCACUGA